GGAUAUUGCUUAAUUUUCAGUCAUAAUCUGCCUUUUUGAUGAGUUCCUGACACAAUGCAGCCUCCUCCAUUAUCCCAAUUUUCUCCACUGCACAUGGGCCGGAGUUUUAUCUGCUAUCGUGAUGUGAACAAGGCAAUAGACAAGCACAGGGAGAUCUAUGGGCUGCGGUUGGUGUUAAAAAAGGCAGUCAAACUAGAAAACUACUGCCUCACCGUCGACCAGAUGCGGGACCUCAAUUUCCGUUUGAAAUAUGGCGAAUUAGAUUACCAGUGUUCUGUCGAUAAUGGGCGGCCAGGACGACCAGGAAACGAUGCUUCACAAUGUGAAAAAGGAAUAGAUAAAUUAGUCCAGAUUAAUUUGGCACAUGAAGCAGAUUACCAAGAAAAUUACAGCAUUGUAUCUGCCUCCAGCGAACGCUGCCCUCGUCUUGUGAGACUCCGUCUGAGUCCGGAUGCUCGCACCCUAGUUGUUUAUGACACCCAUGUACACGAAGCCCAAGCCAAGAGUCCAGGCCAGUUCCAGAGCUUGUCUCCUCCAUGCCCUGUUCCUGAACCGGUGACAGUUAUACCACCAGAGGCUCUAGUGUCCAUAUCUCCAGCUCAGAGAACCACAACACCGUCCACACCAUGUUUACCUUUAUCAGUCUCCCCAGUUGGCAUCACUACACCAGAAGGACCACACACACCCAUCUCAGUGGCAGCCUAUGAGAAAAUUACUGUAAAAAUCAAGAAGUCUCAAUUCUCCCCCAAUGAAAUGGUGGUUGUGGGUAGUGCCAGAGAUGCACAGGAGCAAUUUGAACUAAGAAAUUCUCCAGAAAAAAUACCUACUCAGUCUAGUACACCAAGUCCAGUAAAUACGCAGAAGUCAACCCCAAAGUCACUGCCAAAAGAGCUCUCACCAAAAUUUCAGGAAGGCAUAACAGCCUCUAAAGUUGUACGUAAACCCAUUGUGAAGCCCACAGAAAAGGUGCUUUGUCCAAAGCCAGUCGAGAAAAUAACUAACAAAUCAGCAGAGAAAGUGAUGAUAAAAGCAGAUGACAGAUUUUUUACUAGGCCUUCUGAGAAACCAAGUGUAACAACUAUAGAGAGUGUACCAAUUAAACCCCAAGAAAAACUACUUACCAAAGCUCUGGAGAGGACAGCAACAAAGCCUUCUGAAAAGACCGGAACCCGACAGCCAGAACGCUCAGCAACCAGAGUUCCUUUAAGACUUCCCCAACGUACUACAGAGAGAGUGAAUCAGAGAAAUGGAGGAACAUUGCCUAUUACUACAGGAAAUAGGGUUUCUUCGACUAAUGGAGUGCGAUCAAUGACUGGCGCCAGCAGUAGAAAACUUCUUAAGAAGAAAAGAAAGUGUCAGUCAGAGGCUACAUGGGAUCUUUCACAAUUAGUUCCUCUAGAUACAGAGCUUGGCUUUAAUGAGAAGCAGCAACUGGCCCAUGGGGUGUUGUUGCGACUGCUCCGUGUCACUAGCCAUUUACCUAUGAUAGAGUUUAGCCAUGCCCUGGACACGCUAGAGACCCUCGCAGAUGCAUAUCAGCUGGAGCAGCGAGUCAACCUUACCAUUAGCCACGACCAUGAGGAAGAGUGCAACAAAUUAUACAAUGACCCAUAUGAAGUUGUGGAUCUUGUAGAUGAUGACAAUGAUCAUUACUAUGAGUAUGGAAAUGGUGUUAGUUCCACAACAGUUGAUCACAGAGUGACUAUCACACAAGUUGAUGGGCCCAAUGACAUUUUCUUAACUAGUGAGCAUGAAAAAGUAGGUAGUAAACGGCAUCGGCAAGGGCAGAAACGAUCUGCUACUGCUGAAAAUUUAUUAAUUAACAAUGAGGAUCGUCAAAACAUUAAUUUUGACUCGGUCCAGAUGUGGAAAAUAUCAAGGAGCUCUUCAUAAUAUUGCCCUUUAUAAAUAUUUUCUUAUGUACUGUUCCAUAAACUUAUAAGUUAUAAUUUAUUGUUUUAAAAUAUAAUAAGUUUGCAAAUGACUGAAGUGAAAUACUAGUAUUAUAAUAUAAAGUGCUCAUACAGUUUUUAAUCUAGGAAGAGGCUUUGAAAAUCCAUAGAAGAUUGUAUAUAUAAAAGAUAUCUCACAUUGAUUGAAACUACUACAGUACCAGGAAUUGGAAAACCGGCUUAUUUAAUUGCUUAGGAUAUAAUAAAAAUUGUUCUUUAACUCAAAAUGGUGAGAAAGAAUGAUGAGCCUCACUGCCAGAUAUUCAACUCACAUUUUAGUCUUACAUUUUUUCAUGCUACUUUGUUUACUCAGUUGUUAUAUUUUUACUUCUUUUACCUGCAUCUUGUGUACCCGUUGUGCUCUCCAUUUUUGCUUUCUUUAAUCCUGUCUUAACAUCUUCCCUCUAGGUUUUCACACCCACCUUCCUUACUGUUUAUCUGGCAUCACUGUUACUUCACAUUCAUCUUUACAUGCACAUGCUGGUUUUACUCUUAUUAUACUCUAUUAGAUUUUUAAUUUUAUUAAAUCCUUUCCUCUUCUUUGCUUAAAACAUAAGCUGUGCCAUUCACUCUAUGCAUAGCUGCAGAUGGACCUUUUUUUUUUAAAUGUGCAGUGCUUGUCAUUAAAGUAUGUCAGCUCCCUUGAAAAUCAUGACCACAAAAUAGGUUGUUCCUUGAACUUUAGAACAUUUUUCAUCCAUCUAGGUAGUGAUUAACACACACUGUAGGGUUUCGUGGGGUAAGUACUUCCACGACUCGUGGAUGGUGUCUUAAAGCCAUGGGCAUAUGCUAAUAUCUUUCUCCAAGUGGAUAUCUAUCUAUCUGUAUCUAUCUAUCUGUCUCUCUCUCUGUCUAUCUCUAUCUGUCUCUCUGUCUAUCUCUAUCUGUCUCUCUGUCGUCUGUCUAUCUAUCUAUCUAUCUUUUUCUUCUUUCAACACACCAGCCGUAUCCCACCAAGGCGGGGUGGACCAAAAGGAAAAACAAAAGUUUCUCCUUUUACAUUUAGUAAUACAUACAGGAGAAGGGGUUACUAGCCCCUUGCUUCUGGCAUUUCAGUCACCUCUUACAACACGCAUGGCUUACAGAGGAAGAAUUCUGUUCCACUUCCCCCUGGAGGUAAGAGGAAAUAAACAAGAACAAGACCUAGUAAGAAAAUAGAAGAAAAUCUAGAGGGGUGUAUAUAUAUAUGCUUGUACAUGUAUGUGUAGUGUGACCUAAGUGUAAGUAGAAGUAGCAAUACGUACCUGAAACCUUGGAUGUUUAUGAGACAAAAAUGGACACCAACAAUCCUACCAUCAUGUAAAACAGUUACAGGCUUUCGUUUUACACUCACUUGGCAGGACGGUAGUACCUCCCUGGGCGGUUGCUGUCUACCAACCUACUACCUAUAUCUCUCUCUCUCUCUCUCUCUUUCUCUCUCUCUCUCUCUCUCUCUCUCUCUCUC